AUGCCAUCAACUCAAAAUACAGUCGCUGAACGAGAUCCGCGCUACUGUCGCCAGUGGAAGUGUCAAGUUUCUGUGGGUGAAUUAUAUCGAUGGAUUUUAGCGAAACUUUCUGAUAAAGAUAUCAAGCGGGCCCUGCACAAAUACCGAGACCUAAUGCCUAGACAGUCGGAUUGGAACAGAAAACUGACACAAGCUACGAGUAUGCCAGAGCUUGGUUUUCGAUAUCUGUAUCGAUGUGGACAGAUAGACGAAAGUAACCAUCGAACUAUGCAGAAAAUGCUAAAAUAUAUCGAUCGUCAAGAUGUGCUGCCAUAUUUUGAUACAAUUUUGUAUAAUACCAACCAUUCUAAUUGUUCUUUGGAGGAGCUACAAAAAGUUCUGUUGGAUAAAGUUAACGUGUUUUUAGAAUAUUCUUCUACACUGUCUGAAGAAGAAGUACAUCCAGAGCCUCCAUAUGAAAUAAUACGACGCCAGCCAGUUGAGGGUUCACGAGUCACAAGAUUAAGCCUGAAAAGAAAAUCAUCUGUUGGUGGUACUGGUAAUAUUGCAUCUGUGAAGCGAGGGCGCCGGUCUACUAAUUCCUCAUCGGAGACUGGUCAAGUUAGUGAUUUCGAAAAUUCACCUCUUCGGUACUGUGGCAAAGUGCGAUCAGCGAUUAUUUCCAAUUCACUAAAUGGUCCUGUUGUGCAUACUAUGCUUUCCGCGUCACUUAUUAGCAUGCUGGCAUCUUUACAUACUACAUUAUCUCAAACAUUCGAUAAUCCCGGUGUAUCGUCUAUAACCCCUAAUGCAUCGAAUAGUAAUACAACUGGAAGUUGUAUUAGUAGUUCAAAUCCUUCUGUUCCUAAGAAUCCUUUAAUCUCUCAUUUACUGGCUAUUAUCCCACAUUUAAUUGCUGUUUCACGUGCUGCAAAUCAGUUAUCUAAUCCAAGCCUACUAUCUAAUCCAGCACUACCCUCUCGAAUAUCGAAUCUUCCAAAUAAUGUAAAUAAUAGCAAUUCAGGGAUUUUUGGUUCAAGAUUUGCUGGUAUUCAUAACAGACCGGUAAUCAAUGCAGAUAGACGGCUGCCUCAACAGGUUCAAGAUCAUGUAGAUCCUGCUGCUCCGGUUGUUUUAGAUAAUUUAAACCACGAGCAGAACGUUCAAGAUCCAAUCCACCCUAUCAUACAUGGUAUUCGUGCACCACUCAUCAACCCUCCUAACGUGGAAGCAGACCGUCCAGGUGGACUGUUGUUUGCACCUCAACCUAAUAUUCGACUUGCAGACGGUGGAUCACCUCCUGUAGUCUCUCAACAUUCGACAAAUCCCCCUGUUUUAUUAAAGCAUGUUGUUUUGUCAAGCGGAGGAAUAGGUAUUACUGCUUCGCCACAUGAUUCAGUAAUCCAUUAUUAUUGCAAUAUUAAACUGCAUGUCAAUAUUGAUUUUGGUCCUUCUACAGAAAGUUUAAGAAGAAUUCAAACAGUUCGUCAAGAUUUUUUUGAACGUCAGAUUGAUUUUUUUGUACAAGCAUCAAAUUUAUUGAAAACUCGUUCACCAAGUGAAUUUAUUUGUAAUUUACAAUUUACACGACUUAACCAACUUGAAGAUUUUUGGGCUGACUAUCAGUCAGGUGCAUUACGAUAUUAUCUCAUGUCUGUAUUGAGAAGUGAAAGGAAUCGAAGUUUUUUUGGUGAACCACCACAACAGAUAUCUUCCCAGUUCUCGUCAGUUGUCGAACAACAUGUUGUGCCUGAUGCUUUAGGUCAACAAAAUCAGGUUGCAAAUGCUGUGAAUAAUGAAGGAAUGGAUGCAGCUGUUCCUUUAGUGCCUAAUAAUGCAUCACAAAAUUCAGCUGAAAAUAAUUCUAAUGUUAUAGUCAGUAGUGGUAGUAGUUCGAGGCCAGUUGAUCAAAAAGUGUCUGGUUCCAAUUCAUCAGAAUAUUCUAAUCAUAAUCCUGCAUGCUCAACAGUUAAUUUGGCUUCAUCUUUAAAUAUGGCACAAGAUGAAAACUCACUCAAUAUGUUGACAUCUUGUAUUGAAGCACUGAAUCGUUCGUUCCAUCGUAUGAGACGUCGUGAAGUCACUAGUCCAUCUCUACCUACAGAACAAGUGAAUGAAUUUAUUAGAUUUGAAUUGAAUCUAUUUGUUUCACGUAGAGAAUAUGAAAAUGGUCGAUGCUUAUUAAUGCGUAAUUUACGUUCUAUACCGAGUUUAUGUCAGCUGGUUUCAGCAUCUUCAAUAUUAACACCAGAUACUGCUGUUAAUCCAAUCAGUACAACACCAUGA